UCUCACAGGUCACCAGGAAAGCGAGUGUGUGUGGUGGGGGGAGGGGGUGUGCAGUCUCCACAGGCAACGCACGGACACGAACAGUGGGGGUCUCGGCCUCUCGAGCCGGCAGCUCGGCAUUGCUCGCCAAUAAUGGCCGUCCGUUUCCUCGUAUCCCUCCUCCUCUUAGGCGCCGCCGCCUCCUCCUCCUCUACUUCGCUCGCCACCAAUUCCACCGCAGCUCCCGGGGUUGGCGGCGACAACGUCACCACGUUCAGCUUCACCGGCUUCUACAGUGCGUUCCGCGGCGCCAACGUGACGGUGCUCGGCGACGCCAACAUUGACCAGGGCGCGCUGCAGAUCACGCCCGACUCGCUCAACGACGCCGCCACCUACCUCACCAACAAGUCCGGCCGCGUCCUUUACGCCAACGCGUUCAGGCUCUGGGAUGGUAAGGACAACGCUACCGGCUACAAGAAGGUCGCGUCCUUCAGCACCGUAUUCACCGUCAACGUCUUCCGGCCGAUCGGCACGGAGCCGGCGGAGGGGUUCGCGUUUGUCAUCGCUCCGAACGCGGACGAGCCGCCCGCCGGGAGCUACGGCGGGUACCUCGGCCUCACCAACGCCGCUACCGACGGCAAUGCCACCAACCAAAUCGUCGCCGUCGAGCUGGACACCGAGAAGCAGCCGUACGACCCGGACGACAACCACGUCGGGCUCAACGUGAACAGCGUCGUCUCCGUCGCCAACACCUCGCUCAAGCCGCUCGGCAUCGAGAUCUCGCCUGUCGACGCCGUCAAGUACAAUGUCUGGAUCGACUAUGACGGCGUCGCCCGCCGCAUUGCGGUGUACAUGGCCGUCGCCGGGAAGGCGAAGCCCGGGCGGGAGGUUCUCGCCGCGCCGCUGGACCUCGGGGAGACCGUGGCCGAGAGGUCCUACUUCGGGUUCUCGGCGUCGACGGGGCGCAAGUACCAGCUCAACUGCGUCCUUGCGUGGAACAUGACGGUGGAGAAGCUCCCCUUCGACGACGACAAGGGCAAGAAGAGCCUCGUGCUCGGACUGGCCAUCGGAGUGCCCGUGGGGCUGCUCGCGCUGGUCGCAGCGGCCAUACUUGCGUACGUGUAUGUGGUGAAGCGGCGGAAGAUGCACGGCGACGACGGCAGCGCCAUCACCGGGACGAUGAUCCGGAGCCUCGCCGGCGGGCCGCGGGAGUUCGAGUACCGCGAGCUGCGCAAGGCGACCAAUAACUUCGACGAGAAGAUGAAGCUGGGUCAGGGCGGGUACGGGGUGGUGUACAGGGGCGUGGUGGUCGGCGACCACACCAGCCCCGGCGGCGCCGGGAGCACGGUGGAGGUGGCCGUCAAGAAGUUCUCGCGGGCGAGCACGCAGGGCCAGAACGACUUCCUCGCCGAGCUCUGCAUCAUCAACCGCCUCCGCCACAAGCACCUCGUCCGCCUCGUCGGGUGGAGCCACGACAACGGCGAGCUGCUGCUGGUGUACGAGUUCAUGCCGAACGGCAGCCUGGACCAGCACCUGUUCAGCUCAGCGCCGGGGCGGCCGCUGCUUGGGUGGGAGCUCCGGUACAACAUCGUCAAGGGCGUGGCGUCGGCGCUGCACUACCUGCACGACGAGUACGACCAGCGGGUGGUGCACCGCGACCUCAAGGCCUCCAACAUUAUGCUCGACGCCGCCUUCAGCGCGCGCCUCGGCGACUUCGGCCUCGCGCGCGCCAUCGAGACCGACAAGACCUCCUACAUGGAGGAGGUCGGCGGCGGUGUCCACGGCACCGUGGGGUACAUCGCGCCCGAGUGCUUCCACACCGAGAAGGCCACGCGCGAGUCCGACGUCUACGCCUUCGGCGCCGUCGUCCUCGAGGUGGUCUGCGGCCGCCGCCCGCGCUGCGACAUCGACGGCUUCCACUUCCUGGUGGACUGGGUGUGGCGCCUGCACCGCGACGGCCGCGCGCUGGAGGCAGUCGACCCGCGGCUCGAGGGCGCGUUCGACAGGGACCAGGCGGAGGGGCUGCUCCUGCUGGGGCUCGCGUGCAGCCACCCGACCCCGGCCGAGCGCCCCAAGACGCCGGCCAUCCAGCAGAUCCUGCUCGGCUCCGUGCCGCCGCCGGCGGUGCCGCCGUUCAAGCCGUCCUUCGUGUGGCCGGCGACCGACGGCGGCCUGGACACGAUGACGACCACGGCGGGCACGUCGUCGAGUCAGCUCAGCUUGACGUCGGCGUCGACGUGGAGUGGCAACUUCAUGCGCGGUAGCCUGAGCCACGCGCUCCAGCAAAGCGCCUCCGAUUCCUUGCCGUGACGGAUCAAUCCAUAGUUUCAUCAUACGCAAGCUGUUUCACAAGCUGGACUCGUCACGGUCACCGUGGAGGUUAAUUGUCCAAAGCAGAGUGAUCUGCACGAUGGCAAGAAGAUCAAGUGGAAGAAAGGAGGAUGAAGUAGUAAUACGGCUGUUCGUGUGGACAUAACUGUCAUCUUAUGCUUUGCUCUCAUUUGUUACCUUUUUGCUUUGUUGAUUUUUUCUCUGUAAUUAUCUUUCUUAUAUUUUGUAAUGUCAUUACUUGGCAACGAAGCCUCAGGAGUGAGUUGGCCA